AUGUUGGACUUGGAAGAACUCUCCAAAUACAACUACCAAUAUUACAUAGAGUGGCUGCAGAAGAAGAUUCCUGAGAUGGAGAAAAGUCCAAAUGCACCAAAUGAAGAAACACUGAAGCACUACAGGAGACAAGUGGACUUCCUAAGAAGUGUCCUGGAGACUGAGAAAUGUCCUGAAGCACUGGAGUCUGUUGCGGCUUCACAGCUCAUACCCCAUGGCACAGCCACCACCAGCCAGCACACCCUCACACAGCAGAUCCACCAGCGCACAAAGACCACCACCACCAACAGGCUGCGGCAAGAUCUCCUCAACCUUGACCCCAACAGCGAGAAUGAGGCAAGGUUCCGCAAGCCAGGCGCAGCAGCAGACAUCACAGCAGACGACUUCCAGGCCCAGCUGUUGUCUGAUGAGCAGAAGAGAGAGAAGAUGGUGGAGGACAUGAUCACAAUGGCAAGGGAAUGGAAGGAGCAGUCCAAGAUUGCCAACAAGAUAAUCAGAAAGGAUAUAGAUAAUAUUGACAAAGCAAACAAAACGGCAGACUCCAACCAGGACCACCUCAAGGUGCAGGCAGAGCGCCUCUCUGAAUACAACAAACGUGCCUGUAACUUCUGGAUAUGGAUCAUGAUCAUCUUUGUUUGUUUUAUGUUCAUUAACCACUACUCAUCAAUGUCAGCACUGCCCAUCCACGAGUGCGGCAGCAGUGUGAACGAGAUGUCAGAGACCAAAAUGUAA